AAAAAGAGGAACGAUUCCGAAAAGUCUGACAAAGAAGAAUUCUCUUGCACUGCCGCUUUCCAGAAAAUUCUUGAUGAAAAGGAGGAACCUGAAGCUCAAAUUGAAGAGCAAGUUAGUGAGCCAGUUAUUCCAUUAGAAAGUAUUAAGAUGAACGUUGAAAGUACUGAAACGAAAUUAGAAAAGACUGAAGAUAUUUUACCAAUACCACCAGUAAUGGAAAAAGCAUCAACUCCUGUUAAAGAACUUGAAGAAGUCAAGGAAGCACCAAUAGCUGAGAGUAAAGGUAAAAAGAAAAAUAAAAAAGACAAAAAGCAAACUCCAAAACCCGAAGAAAAAGAAGGAAAGAUAGAUGUAGUGAAACCAGAUGAAGUUAAGGUUGAAGAAACUCCUCUACCAGUAGUUACACCAGUCGAAACUUUAAUUCCAGACCCAGUAAAAGAAGAAUCAAAGGUAACUAAAGAAGAAAAUAUUAAAGAUGUAACAGUAGCAGAAUCACCUGAACCAAUAAUCGAAGAUUUGAGUCCAAAACCUAAAGCUAAAAUUGCAAAGCCUGUAGAAAAGAAGCGGAAAGGUAAACAAGACGCUCAAGUUUCUGAGAGUUCAACUCAGGAAAUACUUGAAGCUUUGAUAGCAGAGCCAGAACAAACAAGGGUAGUAACACCAGAUCCAAAACCUUUAAAACAAGAAAAGAUCGAAGAAAUUGUACUGCAGCCUACACAGCAAGAUAUUCCAAGCGACAUCACAUUUACGGUACCAGAUGAAGAUGAAAAACUGAUUGCUCAAGAAUUCGAGUUGCUUGCUGAAAAAGCUAUGGGUAAAAAACGGAAAAAGGGACCUAAAACUCCUAAAAACCUUGAUAUCGGCACUGGAAUCCAAGAACAAAUAGACACUGAAAAUAAACAAACUGAUAUCAAAGAUGUUGCCAAAGAACAAUUGGCAGUCAUAACUGAAGUAUUAACUCCACAGACUGAUCAACAAGAGUUUAUUAUUACGAGUCAAAAGUCUGAUAUGCCGAUGCCAACAGAGACUGUAAAAGAUGAUACUCUAGAAGUUCCAAAAUCCCAUGAAUUCCAAGGUAAAGAGCUAUUGACGCCUGAAACUGUAGGUGAAGAGAAAGAAUUUACAAAACCAGAAGAAACUGCUACAUUACAACCUGAAGACAAACAUAAGUCUGGAAAGAAACGAAAGAAGUCACCUAAACCACCGAAAAAAUCUGAAGAACCAAUUAAAACCGGGGAACGACCUUUAACACCAAAACCAGAAUUAGCUAAAGAACCAUCUACUAUUGAGGAAAGUACUCAACAACCAUCUUCGGAGAAGGUCGAGGCUUCUAACAUAACUAAAAUGUAUGACAUUGAAAUAAGUAGCAUCAAAGCUGAUGAGUCUGAAGGUUCAUCUUGUGACGUCAUACCUGACGUCAGCUACCCACGUGCAGCGAGUCAACAAAUGCCUGACAACAACAAUAAUACCUUCAUCAGAGAAGUAUUUUCUCCAAUAGAACCUGUUCCAAUAUUACAAGACAUUGCCCAAGCUUUGCCUAAAUCUGAAGAAAAGAAAAGUCCUCCAAAGGAAGAAAAGACAGAUCUAAAGUCUAAGAUGAUGGAAGUCAAUCAAGAUAUGGAAGAGUUGCGGCUGUCGAUAGAGAGGUCUUUAGCUGAACUAACGUCUAUAGAAAAGAGCGAAGAGAAUAUUGAGAAGGAGUUUGAAACGACUCGAAACAAAGCUAAGAAUGUAUCCGAUCUCCUAUUUGAUAUAGGCGGUAAUGCAGUAAUCGAACAAAUGAUACCAACAGAGAGUAUGGUAAAGGAAACAGAAGUUAAAACAACAGAAGCUACCGAGCCUAAGCCCGUCGAAGAAGCGAAAAUGCCAUUGGUUAUAGACGAAACUAAGAUAUCACCAAAACAACUACAAAUAGUACCAGUGAAAAAGCAAAAAGGUAAAGGUAAAGGCACUCCAGUUGAAAAAGUACAAAAAGAAGUCAUUCCUUUACCGUAUACUGAAAGUAUACCAUCAGACACCUCAUCUACAGUCGAGAGUGCUAUAGCGCAAAGUCCACCAAAACCUGAAGAGAAAACAAUUGAGAUUAAGGCUGAACAAGAAAUUAUUAAACCAACUGAAGUACCAAAAGUCGAAGAAAACAUAUUACCUGCAAUGUCUUUGCCUGUAGCAGAAAUGAAGACUGAACAGACAGACACUGAAAAGCCCAAAGAAGAAGAAACUCCAACAGACGUACCACCAGUAUGUCCAGCAAGAAAAGACAAUAAAAAUAAACACAAAAAGAAGAAAGGUAAGCAAGACUCACAAGCGCCUCCUCCUUCUACUGCUCAAAGCACACCAGCUCCUACUCAAACUCAACAAACCACACAAGAGACUAAAAAAGAAGAAAAACAAGAAACUAAAACUGAAAGCAAAUCGGAAUCAAAAGGAGGAGGUCAAGGUAAAGGGAAGGGUAAACAACAAGCAAGUGACGUCGACACUGGGAGCCAAGACAAUGCAUUCACAGAGGCAGACUUUGAACCAAUAGAAAAUUUUGAAGAUGCACUCACUUCUAGCAUUGACGAUGUAAACAAAACAUUUGAGAUGAUCGUUAAAGAGUCGCAGGAACAAAACAAUCCUAAAAUCAACAUCAUAGCACCAGAUGAAGAGAAAACCCCCGUUUCGCCGCCAAAAAACUUGCUAGGCCAUCCCGAUAUUCCUGUACGAUCGAAUAAAAGGGACUUCAAGAAGGAAAAAGAUAAAAUACCGAACGAAAUAACCGCUCGUGUUAAGAUAAAAGAUUCGGUUGAAGUUGAGAAGAAAUCCUCUAAAAACACACAGACGAACAAUAGAAUGAAGGAUUUCAUUAAAGAUUACAAAAUGAAUGACAAUGAUGAUUUUGUUUAUAAGUACAGUUUUAGGAAAGUGUUCCUGCAAAGCGCUUGCCAUGUUUGCAAGAAGAGUUUGUGCAGUUCGAGAGUGCCUUGUAGCUAUUGCAACUUGUUGUUCUAUUGUAGUAACAAGCAUAAGGAUGAAGAUUGGCCUCAACAUCAGGCUCUGUGCUUCGCUGUCUCCACUAUUGUUCACUUGAAAGACCAAAAGCACAUUUACGGGGAUGCAAAGAACCUGACGGGACACGACUACCGUCUGAUCAGGAUGCAGAUGAUAGUGUCUUGCGAGAAGGUGCUGAAGAGGCGGCUGGUGCCGUGGGAGCAGGAGGCGCUGCUGUAUCCCAGGGUCUGCGCCCACGUGCCGUGCAGGGAGUGGCGGCAGAGCAAGCUUAGUGACUGCCAGGGAUGUGGGCAGAUCUCCUACUGCACGGAUAACCCCGACCACUUCCCCAAGUCUCACUCACGCUGGUGCAAGUCCUACUCCCUCUACGAGAAGCUGGUGAGCUACCAGCAGACCAAAGGUCGACUGGAGCCGAAGAUGCCGACCAAAGUGCUGAGGGAACCACAACAGAUACCAGAGAAGAUUAAUGAAGUACUGGCUUCCAUGUAUGAGGAGAAGAUCGAUAUAAACGACAUUCAGUACGCAGCACUGACGCAGCUGGCGACAGCGCCGCUCACUGCCGCCUACUGCCACCAGCUCUGCAGGAACAAGGCUGGCCCGGUCACCAAUGGAGUCAAUAAAAAAUCUUCCUUCACAAUCCACGUGGUGGGAGCAGAGCUUCAGUUUGAGGCUGAUGCUCUCAAUAAGUGGGAGGUGUUCUUCCUCCACCUCCGACCGGAGCUGCAGGAGUUGAGGGUCGUACUCAUCAAUUAUAACCUGAACCCUUCGAACCUGCCACUGGAGUUGCUUGGGAAGAUCAAGUUAUGUGACAACUGCAGACAGAACAGCCGACGCGUGGUGUUUAACUUCCAAGACAAGAGGACGUAUGCUGACUACAAGAACAGCGAGGACUUCGUUCCACCUGAUAUCGUAUGCGCCUUCAACCCCAGCAUCCAAAGAUCAUCAGUGUACAACGGCAAGGACCCAUGGCCCACAACUAUAGACGCCAUCCUAAAGCUGAAGAUCCCCUUCAUCAUCACAGGAUACACCAUCACGGAGCUCCACAAAGACUGCAUCAGGGUCAAGGAGUGUUCGGAGACUGGAUACAACUUCAUCACAGAACCGAAGUAUAAUAAUUUUGCUAGUGUCAGGCCUGAUAGGAAUUUCAUUUCUGAUGAUGAGAUGCCUUUGUUGUUCAAGAAUUAUUGUUUUACUAUUAUAAGUGCAUGAGUAAUGUGUUACCAUAAGAAAAAGUAAACGUGAUGUAUUUAUGGAACUUACAAAAAAAAGUUUUAAUAGGUUGCUUAAGUUCUAUUCUAAAAAAUCCUAAAGAGAAUUACAGUUAAUUUCUUCGACCUUCCUAAUAUAGUUCAGAUAGAAAAAAAAAAAUUUUUGGUUGUAGUUCAAUUAAUAUUUCAAUAUCUGUACCCUUAGUAUGAGUUUGCUAUAAGUUUAAAGUAAACGAAAAUGCGCUCGGGGCUCCGAUUGGUCGGCUCGUAUAAACCAACCAAUGAGAGUGCCGAUCGCGCUCUUGUUUCGAGUCUAUGUGUAAGCUGUGUGCUCUGUAAUGUUAUGUUAGACAAGUGUUACAUUUGCAAGUAAUUUAUUAUUUACGUGUUUGGUUACAUCUAUCGUUUGUUUCUGUGUUUUAAUAAAGAAUGUGGAUUAAA